AUGAACGUCAAAAGAUGUGAAAUUGAUGGAUACGAAAUCCCAGCAAAAACCAGAGUGGUAGUGAAUGCGUGGGCAUUAGGAAGAGACCCCAAGUACUGGAACGAUGCGGAGAAGUUUAUACCAGAAAGAUUUGAGGAGAGCUCAUUUGAUUUCAAAGGGAACAAUCUGGAAUACGUACCUUUUGUUGCAGGAAGGAGAAUAUGCCCCGGCAUGUCAUUCGGAUUGGCAAACGUAGAGCUUCCGCUUGCUAUGCUUCUGUAUCAUUUUGAUUGGAAAUUGCCAAACAGGAUGAAACAUGAAGAUUUGGAUAUGACAGAGUCCUUUGGCGGCACUGUAAGAAGGAAACACCCUUUGCAUUUGGUUCCCAUUGUUAAACGACCUUUGCCUGCAAGUGCCUGA